GGGAGGCGGAGUGCGCCGUCGCGACAGACUCGAUAUUCACCGCCAGCGUUGCCGCCACGAGCAGCCAACUCCGAGAGAUUCGCUGAGGCGGCGGCUACUGUGUUCCGCUGCCGGCAGCGCACAGUGCCGGGCACACCAGCGCCCGCCAACGAAAAUGGAAGCCGCCGUCGACCUGCUGACCGGUGCACCGAGCAGAGCCGUGGCGGCCCCCGCCACGGCGAAUGCCGGCGCGCUAUCCAACGCCACCUUGGCCCGGGACCCGCGCACCGCAAGAUGGCCGCUCGCCGGCAACCCGCCGCUCAUCGGCGCCCUCCUGCUGAGCUACGUGUACCUCGUCAAGGUGGGCGGGCCGCGCUUCAUGCGCGACCGCAAGCCGUACAACCUGCGCCGCGUCAUCCUCCUUUACAACGCGACCAUGGUUCUCCUCAACGCCUACUUCGUGGUCAACUUCUUGUCGCGCUCUUACCUGGGCGGCGGCUACAACGUGCUCUGCCAGGGCAUUCGCUUCGACGCCGACCCUCGCACCCUCGAGUUGGUGUCGCUGUGCUGGUGGUACCUGCUGGUGCGCAUCGCCGACUUCCUAGACACCGUGUUCUUCGUGCUGCGCAAGAAGGACUCGCAUGUCUCCUUCCUGCACGUUGUUCACCACGUCCUGGUGGUUUUCAACGGCUGGUUCGGCCUCUCAUACGGGCCGGACGGUCAGGUGAUGUUCUGCAUCUGCCUGAACAGCUUCGUGCACGUCAUCAUGUAUACCUACUACUUCCUGUCACUGUUGGGUCCACGCGUCCAGAAGCACCUCUGGUGGAAGCGCUACCUGACGCAGCUGCAGCUGGCGCAGUUCAUUGUCAUCUUUGUGCACAGCACCAUACCGCUAUUCAAGGACUGCGGAUACCCGCGGCCGCACACGUUCAUCGUGCUCUCCGAGUCUGUGUUGUUUUUCGGCAUGUUUGUGCGCUUCUACCGCGGCGCCUACAACAACAAGCAGCCGGCAAAGGCAGCCUGAGAGCGUUUGCUGCGUCGUACUCCAUAUCGAAGUGGGGCGGAGAGUCUUUCUUGUCAUGGCUAGCAUGCUACGGCAGAUGGCUGACGCCUACAGCUGCUAUGUGCUGGCGUGUACGAAGCCGGGCAGAAAGCACAGCGGGAGUUCGUACGGUUCAUUGACUAACGGUCCACAUCUAGAACACGUCGACGGGCUAGUUGGUUUGAAUCCCUGAUAGAGUGUGUAAGUGCGACUGAACGAGGACGUAGAAAGAAACAGAUUACAGCGCUGUCUCUGUGUAUCCAUUUCUUUCUGCGUCCUCGUUCAGUUGCGCUUACACACUCUAUCAUGGGUCCACAUCUAGACGCCGAUCGAACAGAAUAAUAGAAGCCAUCAUUGACCUAUUUUUCAGCGAGCUUCCGUUUUCGAGUUGUUUGGUGAAGAUGCACAUAAAUGCAGCGGCCAGUUUGGGAAGCAUCUUCAGCCAGCUUGUAUGUCUUCUGCUACAAAUUAUUUUUCUGUCAGCGUAUUAGGUUCUUUAGUAUAUAUAAUGUAUCACCGCAUCGAUCAAACUCGCCUAAAGGAGGAAGAGGAGGAUGCUAGCUACGGGCGCCAUCCUCCCUAAGCUCGCCUAUUGAGCCUUGUUAAUAGAUUUCUAGAUGCUAUGUACAUGAAGUUUUUCGCAGCGGCUCUGAGACUUGACGAGCCACUUGGGUAUUCUGGUGUUCCUGUUCCUUCUCGACGCGGUCAUGCUGGUUGUGCGGGUUAUAGUUUCGUUUCUCAGCGAGCAUCAGACGCGUAGUCGUUGUCUAAGGCGGGGUGAUUACUUACAUAAUGCUGAAAGGCCAACGCCACCUGCUAAUCAAGUUUUUCGAAAGUAACGUGCCCUUGCGAAUCCGGCUUCACUUUGGUGAACGGGAAGUAACUUCCUGGCUCCGCAUCCUCACAGAGACGGCUGCACAAGUUUGACUGAGUUAUUAGGCAAAAUUAUUCAGCGUCCAUGAGGCAAAGCGCUAGUCCGACUCAUGCAUUAACUUGAAGUACGGCAUGCUGCACGAUUCCUGGGGCCUUCAGAAAAGAUAUCUAACCCCACGGGCAAAGUCAGAUUUUCUAAACACAGAAAGAAGGCACAACUUGAUGUUUCAUGCUAACUACAUAAGCAGGUCGUGAGAAAUUUCGAACCUGCAUCCUUAUGCGCAUGGUGAAUGUUCCACAGGUUUUUUCAGAGACCAAAGAAGUUUCAGUAAAUUCAGUGGAUCCAUAUUUUUAAAUAUUCACUCGAUGUCGCAUACACUUCUUCUUUUGGACCAUACCUGCCUAGCAUAGCAGUAUAGCGAAGACAAUUAUGCCGCAACGUGUACAAUCUGUCAAGAAAAGAAUGAAUGAACGCCAAUGGCUACCAGGGCUAUACCAGGUGAAAGUGACCAACUUGAAGGAAACUCUGACGAACCCUAUUUAGCAAAGUGAUCUGCUUAGUGUGCCACGAACAAAGCCAGGAAGGUCAUUGAUGAAACAAGACUGCAGCACAGGGGACUUGUGCCUCACGAACAUUUAGGGUUCUCUCCAGACUGCAACACCGGUCUGGGCCGUCGGUAAACGUUUGAAUUUCACUGAUGCGUCGUUGUCAAUGUCAAAGACUUACCAUUCAGCGUUACAGCCACUUAUGUGGUAAGUGGGAGAUGAGGAUACGGCCGUAGGCAUUAAAUAUCGAAAUGGAGGAAACAGCUGGCCACGAAGUGCUUUUAGAAGGCAGCAAUCCUCCGGCGAGCUAGAAGAGUUUAAGCCAAAUUAUGGGCAUAAAAAAAAUAGGUCUCAAGAUUCUCCCGCAAAAAGGUCUGCUGUACGCCAUUCCAUUGUCGUGACACACCUGCUGCACAACUGCGACCUUGUUGGUGUGAAAUGCCACAUUCAUCUAGAGUAAAUAAUGUACUGUAAGAUGUCAGAGGAAAUCAAAACUGACAAGAGGGCCUUCCAGGAUGCGCGGCACUAUCAAGAUGAAAUGCAAAGAUUGAGCGUGGAACGUGAAGCUUCACCAAAUACUGAGAAGUCCUUGGCCGAGGCUGUAUCAGAAAACGCUGGGCGGUGACUACCGUCCGAUAUUACAGGAUGCCAAAAAGAAAACAGUGGCGACAGACGAAGUGACACCGGCCGACCUCUGUACACCCUUGUGGAAGCGUAGUGAACUUGUGUGGUGCCUCCUCAGAAAUACCGUUCCCGGAGUACAGCUGCCUCGACUGCUGUCGUCUGAAUUUGUGAAACACAUGCUACGUUUGCGUGCGUGCGUGCGUGCGUGCGUGCGUGCGUGGUACUACUUUAUGUCUUUCGAGCGUACCGGGAGUGCGACUUUGCAGAGAGUUCUCGCGUCUGACACUGACCAAGCCAGAAAAUGCCUUAGCGCAUCACGCUACGGGGCAUGAUUCCGUUCCCUUGGUGGGCUUAGGUCUUAAAGCCGAAAAACAGAAAAGAAGGCACUGCUUUGCUUCCUUCCGGGAGCCGAGCUUUAAUUAGCCGUGAUAAACGUCUUGCCAUGUUGUGAGGCACACUUGAACACGAUGUGUGUGCGUGUGGAUGCGUUUGGUUGUUGGAACGACACGCCAUAUAAUAUUAUGUAUAGCGAUUCAUCGUAUGUGUACCUGUUUUGUGACUUACGUGAUGUUGGUUAAAGUCAAAGAACACCCAUUC